GUGUCAGUUCAGUUGUCUUGUCAGUCAUUUGUCAGUUGUGUUGCUAUGCCUUGUAAAACAGUGCGUGCAAGUUUUUUAAUACUAAUUCUUGUUAAAAUUUCACGUUUUUUUCUUUAAUUAAUUCCACUGCAAAUAUUAUUCCAAAAAAUAUACUUUCUUCAUUUUCCUAAUUCCUCUCAGUCGUUACGAAUUUUCAUGAUAUUCAACAGGUUGCAGAUUUUUUUUUACUAAACAUUCCAGACAGAAAAAAUCCUUCAAGAAAAACGGGAUGCUUAGAAAGCAAAAAAAUUUACGUGAACAUUUUAUUUGCUCCCUGGUGAUAAUAUUCGCGUAGAAAUCGAGGAAAAUUGUAUAGUGAAUAGUGAAUUUCCACGCAGAUGUUCAAGUGGAAUUCCACGGGAAUAUUUUCAUCCGGGUUACAAGUUUCUGUUCAUCUGGGAUUAUAGGAUGAGAAAAAUGUCUAGUCAGAAUAAAAAAGGCGGAAAGAAAAUGAAGAAAACUCAAAUGGAUGAAAAUAAAUUAAGAAAGGAGUUGAGAAAUCAGGGAAAAUCGAAAGAAAAAUCUGAAGAUAGUGUUAGUGAUAUUCCUAUUGGGGCGGUUGAUAUUUCAUCGAAACCGGUAGAAGAAAUUCGAUUGGGUGGAAUCGAGGGUGGAGCCACCCAUUCAACUCUUAUUGUGAUUGAUGGAAAGGGUAAUAAAUUGACGGAAAUUAAGGGACCAUGUACAAAUCAUUGGGCACUGGGGAUGCAAGAAACUGCUGCAAGGAUCAGUGGCAUGAUUUCGAAAGCGAAAGAGGAACUCAAAUUGCCAACAUCAGAACCUCUGGAUUGUGUGGGGUUGACCCUAAGUGGUUGCGAGGAAGAAGUGACAAAUAAAAGUUUGACUGAUACCUUGCUGAAAGAACAUCCGAAUACAUCAAGGGAUUAUUUUGUCGGUUCUGAUACUCUGGGCAGUAUCAAAACCGGCUUAUCAGAUGGCGGUGUCGUGCUGAUUGCCGGAACCGGAAGCAAUGCACUUUUGAUUAACCCUGACUCCUCGGCACACGGUUGUGGAGGUUGGGGGCAUAUGUUGGGCGAUGAAGGAGGAGCUUUCUGGAUAGCUCACAGAGCCUGUAAAUAUAUUUUCGAUGACAUCGAUGGAUUGGCGAAAGCCCCUCAUUCGAUCGAUUACAUUUGGUCAGCGAUGAAGAAUUUUUUUCACGUAUCAGAAAGACAUCAGAUGUUGAGACACUUGUACGUUGACUUCAACAAAGGCCAAUUUGCUCUAUUCACCAAGGAAAUUGCCUCUGGCUGUGAAAAAGGAGAUCCUCUCUGUUUACUUCUUUUUGAGGACGCUGGAAAAGUUUUAGCUAAACAUGUUGAAGCCGUUUACAAAAAGGCACAUAAUGACCUGAAAUUGGCCGAAGGCGGAUUGAAAGUAGUGUGUGUGGGAUCCGUCUGGAAAUCCUGGAACUGGAUGAAAAAAGGAUUCACCGCUCAAAUUCGCCGAGGACAAGUCGUGGACGAAUUAACUCUUCUUUUGUUAAAAACAUCUUCAGCUUGGGGCGCCUGUUAUCUAGCCGCAGAAAAGGUCAACUGUUCUUCUGUGAAAAAAGUUUACAAAGAACAUUCAGAAGUCAUCUAUCACUACAAACGCAAUUUAUGAAUUGUAGAUUGACCCUUUUUUUAAAGAAAAAAAAAUAAUAAUUUAAAAAAUUUUUUUUUAAUCUUUAAGAAGUGCAAUAGAGUUCUUAAACUGUAAUUUAGAAUAAAUUUUUAAUAAGUUAUACGAAGAUGUCAUAUAUUUUCGUACACUGUAUUUUAAGAAUUAAAG